AUGAUCCAGAGAAACUCCAAAGUACAGCCUGGUGGUGUGGUGGCGAUUUUUAUGGAAAAUGGAGUCGACUUUGUUGCUGCUUGGCUUGCUUGUGCGAAGAUAGGUGUGAUCUCCGCUUGGAUCAAUACGAACCUUCGCAAAGAAGCCCUUGCACAAUCGUUGACAUCCUCAAGGGCUUCUGUGAUUCUCUGUUCAUCUUCACUGCAGCAAGCACUGGUAGAGAUGAUUGAAUCGGGCACAACUUCGAUGCGGCCGUUGGUAAUAUUCUCGCGAGGAAGUCCAAACGAGCCUAAUAUCAAACCAAUUCAAAGACUUCUUCAAGAACAGCCAUCUUCGCAACCCACAUCUCAACGCCGCAUGUCAUUUCAAGACCCACUCUGCUACAUAUUCACUUCUGGAACUACAGGGAUGCCGAAGCCCGCCGUUAUAAAGCACUUCAGGUCAGGUAUCGAUUCUACCCAUCAGGCGGACAGCGACCCCACGGCACUCUAUAUGUGA